AUGACAUCCAAAAUAGAACAGAUGAUAUUGACUUGCGUUGUCCUUCUCUCUUUGUCAGCAAUGAUAUCUGCAGAGAUCCUGGAGAAUGACAGUUGCAUAAUUGGCAACGACAGAGGACAAUUCUUUUCUCAUUCCCCCGGCGAGAUUGUGACACUCAAUCCUCCUGUCUGUGGCUUUUCCGCUUGCGCUUGUAACCCCACUCAAGAAAAUCAACUACUUUGCAGCUUUUGCUAUGAUUCGCGGCUCGAUGAUUGUUUGCUGAAUGGCGAGAGCAAAACGUAUCCAGACCAAAACCUUCACUGCACUUGUUCUUCCGAUUCCAUUGAUUUUUCCUGCAUGGAACUGGCUCCUCCCAACAAGAGCCCUACACAGAAACCGGAUAUUCAAAUUCCCGCUGAAACCCCAUGUGUCUUUGAAGAUGCCUUUGGAAACAACGUGUUAUUGGAUACGUCAAAUGUCAAGGGUCCAUGCAGUGGCACCAAGUUCCCUUAUGUCUGUAACGUUGAACGAAAUCUGUUACUGUAUCCCUAUUGUCAGCACCGAACCAUUACUGGAGCGACGAUAUGUGCCAAGAAUGAUGAAUAUGUUGUCUUUAUCAAUGAGCAAGGUGAUAAUACCCGAUGCGAUUGCUCCAUUGAUUCAAAUACCCUUCAACCGUCAAGCGACUGCUAUCCACAGUCUGAUAGAACCCUGGCUCCCAGUCCCGCUGUACCGACACAGAGCUCGGAUGCAACGACCAUAAUACCUCGGCUGAAAAGUAUUGGGAACAUCAUAUUGGUAUUUGGGAUACUUGGAGCAUUGUGGACUUGA